AUGAAGGUCAUCUACUUCUACCUCCCCCUCGCUCUUAACGGUGCCGCCAUGGGCGCAGAUUGCAACCAUGAGCAGUAUUACUGCGGGGACGCCAUCAAGAGCCAGAUCAGCGUCGAAGAUAACGCGCAUAAUGCGGGCUACGGCGGGGGAGAUACGAGCAAAUACCUGUUCCGCUGCAGACUCAUCGGCUGGGGGCGAGAAAACCUCCUCGAAUAUAAUAGGUACUGCGAAAACGGAUGCAACCGCGACGACCGCAAGCCUGAGUACGAUGAUUACUGCCUGUUGGACCCACCGGCGGCUGGAUCUUCGGAUGGAUCUUAG